AUGUAUUGCGAUUCAAUCUCUGAUGGUUUGGUGGCUUUGGGAGUAUUUGACGGAUCCCUGGGCAUAGUGUCGUUAGUUUUAUCGAUUAUGUUAGAAGGAACUCAAGAAAAAAUAUACACUCUCAUGUGUACGAUUACUGAAUUCUGGUGGAUUUGGCUGAUUGUAAGCAUAAUAUAUAAGAAACUUUCAGUUGGUGUUGUUUGCUCUGUGAAAGAGGUGUUGAUGCUCCCAGAUUAUCAAUUCUCUAGAUACGUUGCUGCAAUCCUUUCCCUACUACAAUUUUCAAUGACAAUAUGCUUAAUCAACAGUGAUGAUGUUAAAAAGUUCACAGGAGAAAUGUUGGCAUUGGCUAUGCUUGUUCCAGUUUUCUGCUUUUUUAAAGGAAUAGCAUUAAUAUUUGUUCUUCUUUAAUAAAUAUUCUUUAUAUUUACAGGAAGAGAAAAAAAUCAAUACUUUACUUUAAUCCAAGAAUAACAAUCAAAAAAAUAAGUUAUUUUCUUGGGAAUAGUAUUUUUAAUUAUGACAUCACUUUAUUACUUUUUAAAAUCAUUGUUUGUAUUCACUAUCUAUAACAAUUUCGACGAUCUAAGCACUAAAAUAUUCACUUUAACAAUAAUAACAUAAUCACUUUUUCUAAUCAUUUUCAGUUCUUUUAUGACUUACUAGUUGAUUACAAUUUUAAAGUAGAUUCCUGUUCAUGAAGAUCCACAUUUAAUGAAUCCUAAUUAAAAAUGCUAUCGUAACUGGUUCAUUUUAAUUAAGUCAAUUUAUUUUAGUGAUAAAAUGAGAUGGCUAAGAAGAAUUACUUAAUGCUUUUGGUGUAUAUAAUGUGUUUAUGGAUUGAUACAAUUCCCAUUUUUCAAACUAAUGCAAAUUACUUAAUAAUAACUCUAUACUCAAACCUCCUUUAUGUACUUCGAUACUUUUUUAUUAUAAGGCCUAAUCAUAACUUAAAUCAUUUUAAAUAUGGCCAAGAAGUACCAUUAGAUAUAAGAUGAUGAAGAUCCAUUUUUAUUUAAUAUCAAAUUUGCUAACGAGGAUUCAUCUCGAGCUGAAAAGAAAUAAAAAACUCUUGAUAAUUCUUAAAUUCAAUGUGGAAUUUGUCUUGAAGACUUGAAAGCCGGGUAGAUAAGACAGAAGUUAACAUGCCAUGAAACCCAUAUUUUUCAUCUACUUUGUAUUUAAAAAUGGACCCAGACUUAAAACGUUUGCCCAAUCUGCAGAACUCCUUGUGAUUGAAAGUUUCGAAAUGAUUUAUUCAACAAUAAUUUAUAUUGUAACAUACUUAAAUUAUUUAAAA